AUGAAGGAUGAGGCUAUGCUGAGAGCCAUGCGACCAUCUUCCCUGCCCCAGGGUUCGGCACCAUCGAUGAGCGAGGCAGCCACCGAGGACCCGAUUGGAAUGGACCUCAAAGACGUGAUGAAAGCCGUCAUGGCACAGAAUUCGAUGCUCAAAAGGGAGCUGGCCGACCUGAAGAAGAAGGUUGAGGACUCCAACAAGGAGAAGGACCGGGGUUUCAAGGAGGUCCGCCACCUGCUACUCCGGAGGAGGAGAAGAGAACGGGAACAGCUGCCCUUGGAGCAAUUCCAGAGUUUCCUGGAAGGGGAUAUGGGGGACUACAUGAACCUGUCCAUCGACCUUCGGGAGAUUUUCAUCAAGCUGGACGGGGACCCCCUCCAGUACCUGAGUCGUGGCUUGGAGCUCUUCAGGCAGGCGGCCAUGGAGGGCGAGACCAUGAGAAGGAAGAGUUUGAGACUCCACACCAUGGAACCCCAGGAGGGCUUGGACCUGGUCGUGGAGGACUACCGGAUUGCGCGGUGA